AUGGAGCAUCCACUUUACCCCCCUAGGAAAUCACCAUUCGAGCGUGUCUUAAGUCAUUUCCCAUUUGUUGAUGGUCUCCUCGCUCAAUUGACUACGGUGGAACUCCUCCGCCUUACCAAUGUCUCACAGACAGCUCGCACACAAAUUUACGGCCACACACCCUCGUUUCGUGUUUUUAACUUUGUCCGCUUUUGCCAAGAGGGGGACCACCGUACUCUUCCUAACCUCUGGCCCCAUAACGCAACAAACAAGCUGCGUGAUUGGGAAUACGACAAUAGUGUUAAAAAAUAUCCAUAUAUCGACGUGAAUGAAUGGGAAUGUAAUUGCAAAGUUUGUCGUUAUUACAGUCAUUUGGAGUAUUGUAGGGGUGAUCCUUUGCUUGGGCAGGCGCGCCUCCGGACCGAAUAUUAUUACAGAGGUCUUGACUCUACUAAGCUUCUUUCAACUCUCAGAAGAUUACCGGAUAGUAUGCCACUGACUAUACUUAUACUUGAUGGCACUGAUGUGGAUAUGUAUUUUGUGGAAGAAUGCUUCAAGACUACAUGGGGUGGUGCUUGGUUGAAAGAGUUGAGUUUGAGGAAGUGUGCAAAAAUCGAACAUGUCGAUCUCCUGGAAUGGCUUAGACCCGCCUUUUAUAGAAACGUGAUUCAUGGAUUGCGAGUUUUGAAGCUUUGGGGUUGCGGCACAUUGUCUCCAAAGGGUGCCUUUAAACCUUCAUUGGCCAUUGGGAAUUCUGCUGGGAAUCAAUUAAAUGCCAGUGCUAUAAAUCUACCACAAAACGAUCUUUCCGGCAGUAGCUCAGAUGCGUCAACGCCUAUCAACACCGAGACCGCGGCCGCACCCCCGAGCUCGGGGAGGGCCAAUCAUGCAACUAUCUCUCUCACUUUGUUAUGUCGUCGAGUGGGGAUAAGCCUCGAUAUUGGACUUUGUAUGAUGAAGCAACAGUGUGUCAGUCUACAAGCCAUUGAACGUGCAUACGCUGCCCAAGACAUACUUGAUGCUAUAGGCGGUGUCAUGGGUAUUCCACCGCAUGUGAGGGACAACCAGCUAGCCGAUUUGGUUGUACUAGCUGAAAAGAAACCAAUAAAGAGGAAGUGCUGUGUGACAGGAUGCAACGUGGUUAUAGUGAAGGCCCUGUGUAUGAGCUGUGAGGAAAACAUGACCUGUCAGAAGUGUCAGAACUUCUAUUGCCAACACCAUGCUUCGAGUGAAUACCUGGAUUUGCUCUGCCCUAUCUGUGGACCCUGCUGCAAAAACUGCUUCCUUACAUAUUCGACCGAAUGCAGUGAAUGCGGCCAACAUUUCUGCAACGAGCAUUAUCCUAAUGGGAGGUGUUUGAUUGAAUUGGAUACUGUCACAGGGGAUCUUUUGCUUAUAGAUGAAAGCGAGGUUAUUGCGGAGGAGAAAAUGGUCGAAGACGGGCAAAUAGAAUAUCAGGACCUAUUUCCUGGACGAGGGCGUAAGAGAUAUGAAAAGUGUAAGGACUGUGGAGUGAUAACCUGCCGGGAAUGUAUCGAUGAGGCUGGUUGGCAAUACUCCAUUUGUAAAACUGCGUUUGGUCUGGGCUGUGGGGGAAUAAUCUGCGAAGAAUGUACAAAUCAUUGUGGGUUUUGCGGCGCGGUAGGCUGCGAAUCUUGCAUGACGAAUCCGAGAGAUGACUGUAUAUUCGACGACGUCUGGCCAUGCCGUGGGUGUGCCAUACCAGAAGAAGAGGCCCGUCAAUUGAUAGGGCGAUUGAUUCAGACAAGGAAGACCUUGAGGACCCCGAUAUGGUACCGGAGUUAG